AUGGGCUCAAUGACUCGAAACCGGUGUAUCGACGAUGGCAAACCGGGCCCGGCGCAGGUUAAGCACUAUGUAGACAGGGCUAGAGAUGGCGCCGGUCACAUCGUAGUCGAAGGCAUAUUUGUCGAUUGGACCGGGUGCGAUUGGAGUUUCGUCCCCUUCAUGAUUACAUCCGAACACGCUCAAGCAUGGCCAGUGGCCACUGAUGCCGUACAUGAGGUGGGGGGCAAGAUCUUUUUCCAAGCAUGGCAUGCAGGCCGGUGCCAGCAUAACGAGAUGCCAAUCAUGAAGAAGCAUGGUGGUGUUGUUCUGGCUCCUUCUGCCGUCAAAGCCAAUGCUGGGAAGUAUCGAGACUUAUCGGGGAAGCCUGUAAGUGAAAUGAACGGCGAGGACACACACAACGUUGUUGCCAUUCAAGAACAGAAAGACGUGAUCGAGAUAUAUCGACGUUCUUGUCUUUUGGCAAAACAGGCUGGGUUCGACGGUGUUGAGUUGCUUGCUCAAGGCGGAUACUUGCCUCAUCAGUUUCUCAACAGCCGCGUCAACAGGAGGACUGAUGCUAACGGCGGCUCAGUCGAGAACAGAUGCCGCUUCGUAAUCGAACUCGCUGAGACCCUAGCUACGAUCUUUGACGGCCUAGAAUUUGUUUGCGUCAAGUUAAACCCCACUGACUUCUAUAAUGACUCAGAAACUUACACCUACCUGAUCAAGGAACUCAUCCGCCGCAAGGUUGGGAUCAUCAACCUGUCUCGCAGAGGGGCUGAUACGAGUGCCGGCAUAGGCGAUUUCUUUGGAAUCGAUGAUCGGCCUGAAGGAUAUGUUCUCCUCAGAGGCUACGAUCCCGUUCUUGACUUUAUAAGUCUCGUCAAGUUUCCUGGUAGUGCUUCGCUGCUGAUGGCGAAUCAUGAUUACACACCGGAGGAGGCCGAUAGUCUGAUGAAGGAACGGAAAUUGGACCUUAUCACAUUUGGAAGACCUUUCAUCUACAACCCGGAUAUCGUCAACCGGAUCAGACAUAGUAUUGCAUUUGCAGAGAAUAACCGGGGCAACAAAGUCUUCUAUGGGCCAUAUCGGACUCCGGACGAGAACUACAACGACUGGCCCGUAGCCCCAUUCUGCCGGACACCCGGAGAUUGA